AUGACCGAAUCAUCCGACGUAACCCCUGUAGCUAUGGUGACUCCUAGUACUGAUUUGAGCCGCAGUAUUGUGGAGCUUUCUUCUUCGACAGGAAAUCUUCUGUAUCUUGAUAUCGAUUCUCGGUUACCCUUCGGAAAGUUGAAGAGUUGGUUGGGGCAGAAGCUAUCCAUAGAUCCAACGCAAUUCGUUCUCAUAAAACAUUAUAGGGAAGAUGACAAAGGCUACGAAUGCAACAACAAGGAUGAGGAGAACGUUCGAAGCGCUCUUGAUAACGUUUUCAAGCUUGGUAUCAAGCUGAGGCCUCCACUGAAAGACGACGAGAAGCUCAUUCGUAUAGUGCAGUUUGAUUUGGAAGAACCUAACAGAGAGAACUGGAAAGUUCUGUUCGAAUGCCCAGCGUCGAAGCAGACGUCUAUUGGAGACUUGACAUUGCAAUGCAUUUACCUUUAUGCCGAGAUAUAUGGACAGCGACUGGCAUUGAACCAGGUUCGACUACGAGAAAUGCCGUCAUUCAGUCGACCGAUGAAAGCCGUUUUAAAUCCUAAUGAUACUCUAGAUUGCCGUGGAGCUCAGUGGUCAAACAAUAUUUACUUCCAGAUCAUAUCCGACGAGCGUCUAAUCGGUAAACCAGGUGUCCCCUUGCUGGUUCGUAGGUUCUGGCCAUCUACCGUUGAAGUUUCGAGUAUUCAUGAAGUUCUCGUCGAUCCGAAAGCUGCAAAUCAAAUGAGUUCAUUUGCUCAAAGUGUCUCUUCGUUGUCAGGCGUCUCCGUGGAUAAACUUGUUUUUACAGAGAUUGGGAGUUCUUGGGAGAAAUGGCCAUUUGCACUAAGCCGAUUGGCAAUGCUGGACGGAGCUGUCAAAUUUUCUGCCCAGCCUUCGUACGCACCUAACGAAGUUAUUGAGCGCAUAGGUGGCAGAGUUGUCUAUUACAAAGAUGCCACUGAAAUACCAAAGGAGCUGUCAAUUGAGGAUAGGAAACAAAUUCAAAUCAAGGAAAAUGGGCAAAGUAUGACAGCAGUUGCACGCAGGAAAGAGCGACCUUUACGUAUUCAAAUGAGUAGUAUCAGCGAACCAUGA